UCCAAAAACAAAAUGGUCGGUAAAAUCGAAUUCAAAGGAUUAAGUAACUUCGCAAUAAGCCUGGCAAUUAGACAACAAAAAAUCAUCAACAAACCGAAUAUUUUUCGAAAAAUAAAUUAUGUUAUUACAUAUUUUUUAAAAAUACUCUACAUUUAACAUUUAAAAUAACCUAUUGUGAUACGUUAUUAUAAAUUUCCAAUGACUUUGGUUAAGUUAGACGAUUGACAUACCUGUUUGGAGUGUGUCAAGACCAUUUAGUUGACAUAAAUCGAAUUUAUGAUUAAAAACAAUCAUUCUAAUUUAAAUAACAAUGGCUUGCCAUAUUGAAUAUUUACCUGAUGAAAUUUUAGAACAUAUUUUGAACCUUAUUCCACCAUACAAAGAUCUGAAAGAGUGUAUGUUGGUUUGUAAACGAUGGUAUCAUGCUGUCAAACAUGUGAUAGAACAUAGAGAGUCUUAUUUUCAAAGAUCUGUUGCCUAUGGUUCCCUUCUCUGGGAUGCUCUACCAACAGACGAGCGCUUGCCAAGUAUAUCAAAACGUCAUUCUCAUUCAGCGUGUGCCUAUGAAAAUUCAAUGUAUAUUUUUGGAGGAUGCACAAAGACUGGUACAACAUUUAAUGACUUAUGGAAGUUAGACUUAGAUACACGUAAAUGGGAAAGACCGAUUCCAAUGGGAAAUUACCCAUCACCUAAAGCUUGUGCGAGUAUGGUUUAUUAUAAAAAGUCUUUCAUUUUAUUUGGAGGAUGGGCUCAUCCCCCAUCGUAUCCACUUUUCGAGGUCAGAAAAUUAUUUAGUGAACUUCAUAUUUAUUCAAUAACAGCAAACAAAUGGACUGCUAUUGAAACAUUGAAUAGUCCACCAGCUACUUGUGCUCAUUCUGCAUCAGUCCAUGACAAUAUUAUGGUUGUGUUUGGAGGAAUAAGUGAUUUUUUACGAUCUUCAAAUAACAUUUGGUGCUUCAAUUUAGAUACUCACUCCUGGUACCAACAAUCAACUCCUGAUCCGAAACCCCAACCUCGUUACGGUCACUCACAAAUCCCCUUAAAUGACAAAAAUCUCCUGAUUCUCGGAGGUUGUACAGCUCCAAAUGUUGGAAUUGAUGAUGUUUGGUUACUGAAUAUGUCAAACCCCGACUGGACUUGGACUAAAAUUAAAAUAAGUGGCAAUGAAUGGGCUCCCAUGAUGAUUUGGUGCCAUCCAGCAUGUAAAGUUGGAGAUAACAUAAUUAUUUUAAGUAAAAGAAAAACAAAGAAUCAAAAUAAAGAACGAAGUACUAGUGAGAGAGUGAUGUGUUAUGGACCAGUUGCUUUUGUAGACAAUUGCAAACAGCCGGAAGUAAAACGUAACAUACCAGUUGAGCAACACAAUGUACCAGAGAAUCGACAACGACAUUUACCACCAGGAUCAUCAACAGAUAGACAUAGGCCUCGUCAAAGAGUACGAAUUGUUGUUGAACGGAAUAAUUGGAAUGGACCAAUGGCUGCAUUUCAUCCUGAUCAUGGGGUCAAUAGAAUAGGAUUGAACCGUCUGAAACUUUUAGAUGAUAUUUAUAAAAUAAAUGAAGAGUAUCGACGUCGUAAUGAACGGAAAAAAAUUGUAAAUGGAUUAUCAAUAUUUGUAUUAAAUAUAGCUAAUGUAUUAUGUGAAGAUCGAAUAGCAACUUGGGUUAAGCAGAGUAAAUGUGCACAAAAAGGUCCAGAAGAACGAAUAUUAUACUCAUUUAUAUUAGGAAAAGGUGAACUAAUAUUUUUUGGAGGUAUGAAAAGAGUUUUGGUUACGAAUGGACAUACAGAAAGUGAUUCUUCAGAAGUAUUCAAUGAUGUUCAUUUUCUAAACCCACCCCGCUAUACCAUUUAAUUAUUUUCGAUUGUAAAUUUAAAAUAUAAAUAAUAUAAAUAAAUAACAAUUUAAUGAUAA